UUAAAUUGGAUAAAUAGUGGGAAAAAUGGUUCUCUUCUCCUAGUUUGUAUAUGGAGUAUAAAAUGACUUAAAUACAUUCUUGUGUUUUGUCAUCAGCGGAAGACGACUCUCCAUUUCAUACUUGUCUUUCUCCGGUCAUCAACAAAGGCUCCUAAACAGUGAAUUUCUGCAAAAGAUGGAGCAGGACCAUUUGGCUGAGUCGCUCAAUGACCUUUUCACGAAUGUUUCCACGAUGAUUAGAGGCGAACUCCAGGAAACCGACAAUGUACUUGGACUUGUGGAGAAAAUGAAUACAAGGGUUGCUGAGGAAUAUAAAGGCUUUGGAGACGUGGCUUCAGGAUUGAGGAUCUUUGUGGAGCAAUUGAAGUCUAAAAGUGGCAGCUUUGACGAGUAUGUUCAACAGAUUGACACGAUAGAACAACAGGUUACUGAAUUUGAAGCUGUUAUUUCGAUGCUCGAUAAGUAUGUUUCUCUGCUGGAAUCCAAAGUGCAAUCUGCUUACCAAAUUCCUCCACCAUGAAUCAACAGUUUUAUCUUUUUUUUUUUUUUUUUUUUUUUCUUUUCUGUGGCAAUACCUUAAGAGCUGUUCCUGGAUCUUAUCAAACUUGAUAUUUGUAUGUUAUCAAGCAAUGCUGUACAGAUUAAAAAAAAAAAAAAAAAAAGAAUGUACCAACCGUUUAAUCUCAAACAGGAGGAGGAUGUCUGAAUGAGUUUAUGUUA